UAUUGACCUCAUCUAUGCAAUUACUCAGACUAACAAAGGUCUUUAUUUAAAAAAAAAUCAAAUCUUUGAGCAGAUGUAUUUAAAUCUUCUGACAAGUUUAGUGCCCAAAGCAAUAAAUAAGGGAAAGGGGGCGGGGAGUAUAGAAUAAAUCUGUCCUCUAUCAUUAUUUGUACAGUACUAAUUCUUCAAGUUUUACAAUUCAAAUACGAUUGCCCAUUUUGAAUGAAAAAACAGUAAAGGUCCAGAACCCAGGCACUGCGGGAUUUAUGUCAGAGGGCCUUUCUCCAAAGCAUCAUUUGUGCAAUUUACACUCUUCACCCAGUCCUACCCCAUUCCGCCCCGAGAGGCAAAUGCGUUGAAAGGAAGACAGCCAAACAACCAAAAGCCAGCUCCACAGCACCUGGCUAAGACUAAAGUUGUGCUAAACUAGUGAAAAAGCAUCCAUUCCAUAUGUACGUAUUUGGUGCUGGAAAAGAUGGAAAUGGCUUCCAGCCCGGGACUAGGGCCCUCGGGGAUUUUUUUUUUUUUUAACAAAGUAUUUUUGUGGGGAUGGGAGGGUCAUCCGAGGAGUCUCCCUACCGGGCUCUGGGGUGGGCGGCCUUGGAACCCCGCCCCCCUUCACCCCAGCUACGGCCUUGCCCGCUGGUGGGCACUUGCAACCCUAACGGUCCCGAGGCACCCAGUACCGCGAGCCGAGAGCGCAUCCCUUUCCCUAUCCAUCGCGUCCCUGUUUCGGACCCUUGGCGCUGAAGUGAAGCGCCUACUCCUGGUGUUGUAAUAGCGCCUGGAUCAUCGAUCCUUUGUUUCGCCACCUUCUCUCAGGCAGUUCCUCCAUUCCUUUUACAACUACUGAAGGUGUCUUCGCCCUAUUUCCUUUGUUCCUUCUUCUUCCCAAAAGGAAAAACAAACAAACAAACAAAAAAAACACCCCUACUUCCAGCCGCCAUUUCCAAACCUCGCCCGGACCCAGCCGGGCUGUGGCCGCUACUUCACGCGAGAGAUUCCCCGGCGCGCGAUCGGCCGCAGGCCGUUAUUCGGUGAUGGGGGAUGGGACUGUGCCUGCGUCUCAGAGCAGCCGACACUUAUUUCCCUUCAGUACCUGCCGCGCCCAAGAAAGGCGGCUGGGAGGUCAUUCAGGACUCCCUUCUGGGGAAAAAGCGUACCCCUCCCUCGCUGCCUUCUUACUCCAUACAUUACCCACCCGGUUCCCGCCUGCCAGCUCCAUCUCGCCUCCUAUUUCCCCCACCCUCUCCUGCCCGCCCCAAGCCCGCCCCCUCCCGGGCAAAGCCGGUCCUUUCCCAGCCCGGGCCGGCCUUGGUCCUUUCCUCGUUCACGAGGAGGGCGAGCGGGCGGGCGGGCGAACUAGCGGCCGCAGCUGCCCUGGGAGAGCGCGCGGCGGCGGCGGCGGCGGCGGCGCCGGCGGGGUGAAGGAGGUUGCCAUGGUAACCGGCAGCAGCAGCCGCCACAGCAGGGCCGGCCCCAGCCCCAGCCCUAGAGCUCAGUGUGUGGGUGAGAAGCGGCGAGAGCGGCAGCAGCGGCAGCGGCGGCGAAGGCUCAGCUUUUGAGCCGCCGCAGAGACCGUGUAAAUCGGGAGCUGCUCCGGCUGCAGGAUGGAGGACGGAUUUUCUAGCUACAGCAGCCUCUAUGACACUUCUUCGCUGCUGCAGUUCUGCAACGAUGACAGUGCUUCAGCUGCAAGUAGCAUGGAAGUAACUGAUCGAAUUGCUUCUCUGGAGCAGCGUGUCCAAAUGCAAGAAGAUGAUAUCCAGCUCCUCAAGUCAGCUCUGGCUGAUGUAGUCCGACGUUUGAAUAUAACUGAAGAGCAACAGGCCAUGCUGAACAGGAAAGGACCUACCAAAGAUCAGAAUCUGACUAAAAAAGCAUCUACUGGAGAGGCUGAUAAACAUGUCAGUUCUGCUAUUUCAGCAAGACCCCUGGUACAAACACUGCCUUUAAGAACUACUGUUAAUAAUGGAACCGUGUUACCAAAGAAACCAAGUGGCUCUCUACCUUCCCCCUCAGGGGCCAGGAAAGAAACCGUUUCACCAGCAACUAAAAGAUUAAACAGAUCUGUGAGUCUUCUCAGUGCAUGUAAACUGAAUAAAUCAUCUCCAAGCACCAUUAAAAGAACCAGUUCUAGUGAACGAGUAUCUCCAGGUGGCCGAAGGGAAAGCUAUGGAGAUUCCAAAGGGAACCGUAACCGCACAGGAUCCACCAGCAGCUCUUCUAGUGGGAAAAAGAACAGUGAGAGCAAACCCAAGGAACCAAUUUUCAGUGCAGCUCUUCUGUCUCUGUCUCUGAAAUCACAAGGGAAACGCCGUGUGACACACUGCAAAGAGGAAGGAUAUGUAAAAAUGUUUCUUCGUGGACGUCCUGUAACCAUGUACAUGCCCAAAGAUCAAGUGGAAUCUUACAAUUUGGAAGCAAAAGUCGAACUACCAACUAAGAGACUUAAACUGGAAUGGGUCUAUGGAUAUAGGGGACGAGACUGUCGUAAUAAUCUAUACCUACUUCCAACGGGUGAAACUGUAUAUUUCAUUGCAUCAGUAGUAGUGUUAUACAAUGUUGAAGAACAACUUCAAAGACAUUAUACUGGUCAUAAUGAUGAUGUGAAGUGCCUAGCAGUUCAUCCUGAUAGAAUCACCAUAGCAACAGGCCAAGUUGCAGGUACAUCUAAGGAUGGAAAACAACUACCCCCACAUGUACGCAUCUGGGAUUCUGUCACGUUGAAUACACUACAUGUCAUUGGAAUGGGAUUUUUUGACCGGGCAGUCACCUGUAUUGCUUUCUCUAAAUCUAAUGGAGGAAGUAAUCUUUGUUCAGUAGAUGACUCCAAUGAUCAUGUGCUUUCAGUGUGGGAUUGGCAGAAAGAAGAAAAACUGGCAGAUGUCAAGUGUUCUAACGAAGCUGUAUUUGCUGCUGAUUUCCAUCCCACGGACACCAAUAUUAUAGUUACAUGUGGAAAAUCACAUCUUUACUUUUGGACAUUAGAAAGCAACUCCCUUAUUAAAAAACAAGGAUUAUUUGAGAAACAAGAGAAGCCAAAGUUUGUCCUUUGUGUAACCUUUUCUGAAAAUGGUGAUACCAUUACUGGUGAUUCAAGUGGCAACAUCCUAGUUUGGGGAAAAGGUACAAAUCGAAUAAGUUAUGCAAUUCAAGGGGCCCAUGAGGGAGGCAUUUUUGCACUUUGUAUGCUAAGGGAUGGCACACUGGUGUCAGGAGGAGGAAAAGACAGAAAACUCAUCUCUUGGAAUGGAAACUAUCAAAAACUUAAUAAAACGGAGCAGAUUCCAGAACAGUUUGGUCCAAUAAGAACAGUAGCUGAGGGAAAAGGCGAUGUUGUCUUGAUUGGUACUACUAGAAACUUUGUUUUACAAGGCACUCUGUCAGGGGAUUUUAAUCCAAUUACCCAGGGCCACACUGAUGAACUCUGGGGGCUAGCCAUCCAUUCUUCAAAGUCUCAGUUCUUGACAUGUGGGCAUGACAAACAUGUUACACUUUGGGAUGCAAUAAGUCAUCAACCUAUCUGGAAUAAAAUAAUAGAGGAUCCAGCACAGUCUUCUGGUUUUCAUCCUUCAGGGUCUGUCAUUGCCAUUGGGACACUAACUGGAAGGUGGUUUGUAUUUGACACAGAAACAAAAGAUUUAGUCACGGUGCACACAGAUGGAAAUGAACAGCUGUCUGUAAUGCGUUACUCACCAGAUGCAACCUGAUACCAUGAAGAAGACUCAAGACUUGGUGCUAGCAGGCCUCUAUUGAACCCUGAACAUGACCUUCACCAACUGUGUGACUGGGCAAGUGGUUUAACUUCUCCAAAACUUCAUACUUUCAUAUGUAGUAGGCACAAGGGUAAUGAUGCUGGUGCUCUCUAUCUAAAAAGGUUGUUGUGAGGAAAGUCCUUUGUAAAUUUUUCAAAUGCUAGAGAAACAUGAAUUAAUAAUAAUGUCUUCCUUUAGUACCUAGAAUAGGGGAUUUCUGGGCAUGGCUUGUGGGCACAGCUUUUGCUGAGAAUUAUGUACCUGAGCAAAAGCUAAUCCAUGAUAGUCUUUUGGGUUUGGUUUUGUUAAUCUGAUCUUUUGGUGAUAUUUUGGGGGAAAGCAUGCAAGCAUUUUUUCUUAUAUUACUUUUUCUGAGACUAGGGAGAGGACAACCAUCAUGUCGAUUCCAUUAGUAAGGGAUGUUGAUGAGAGAAGUCAUACAGAGAGGGGCCAAGAAGGCAAUUCCAUCCUGCCAAGGAGUUACUUUGUGAUCUCCUGGUUUCCACGAGUGAUCGUGUCAAGACAUCAUGGCCUGAUGGCUCCCAGCAAAUUACUUUCUGGAAGCAUACUAAAAAUUUAUUCUCUUAUUCCAAACUGUCAAGACACCAUUAAUUGAAGUGUCACUGAAAUAUGACUAACAAAUAUUUAGAUUCUGAAGCUCAGAGUCAAAUGGAAUGAAAUCAGAAUAAUCCAACCUGGAAGUCAGGACAUCUAGGUUCUAAUCCAAACAUUGUCAAUAAAUAAUUCCAUUUACCAAUGCAAAUUAUCCUCUUAGAACCCCCAUUUCCUCAAUUCUUAAUUUUUCAGUUAAAGAAACUGAGAAGUCAGAAGCCCUUGACAAAUAAACUAAAUUUCACAGAGGUAAACCAACUUGCCUAGCUUAUAAGUAGUUUAUAAGAGUUAGAGUUUGGACCUAGAUCUGAUUUUAAAUACAUUGCUCUUUUUACUGCACCACAAGUUACCAGAAGCAACUAAAAUUUGAGAUUAAAAUCGUAGGGCAGGAUAAUCAAUUUUUUUUAAAGCUCUGAUUCUUCUUUGCCUCUUUACCAAGGAUGAUUAAGUGGAUAAUGUACCAGAAGUAAGUUAUUCCCUGAAAAUAAUUUAUACUUUGAAAGAAUCUGGUAAUUAUCCAUAAAAGAAAAAAGAAUUGUCUUCUGGGGAUUUUGUUUAAAUUUGCUGAGAAAACUGAAAUAGUGACUUUUAUAAGUUCAUAUUUUUAUACUUAAAACAUAA